GAUCAUUUUUUUAAGUUCUUAUUUUUUGUAGACGACAUUUUGAGUCAUGGGUUUAAUAUUCUACGAAGAUUUUGGAGGAAAAGUUGUAUAUCGCUGCCGGAAAUGCGACAUUUAUUUAACUCAUCAAUGUCACCUCUUGUCGGAAGACUUCGUCGGAUCUUCAGGACCAGCCGAACUUUUUCAUAAAGUUUAUAAUGUUAGACAUGGACCGGCGACGAGAAGGCACAUGAUGACGGGUGGUCACUUCGCCAGAGACGUGUUCUGUAAGCGCUGCGACACUCUGCUCGGCUGGUACUAUGAACUGGCCGACCGAGACCUGCAGCAGUACAAAGAAGACUGCACGAUUCUCGAAGUGAACCUCACGCGGAAAGAAACCCGAGAAAACAGCGAGUGUUUCCAUCCUGAUGUGUGACUUGCCUGUCUGACUUGCCUGUCUGACUUGCCUGUCUGACUUGCCUGUCUGACUUGCCUGAAUUACCACGAGCUCUCCUAGCACAAAUAGUUCAGCGCUUCUAUGUCAGCUAAUGAAAGUACAAGCCGAUGAAUGAUGAAAUAUGCGACUGAAUCUUUAGUUAUCUAAGAUUUGCUUGAUGGUUGGAAAUGCCGCUGCAGUUUAACAAAGCUGCCGCGUCCGUAACAUAAAAAUUGAAGAGUAUGCAUUAUGUCCAUGCAUAUGAAUGGCUUGUGUAGAUUGAAUCAAGUUCAAUUCGGAUCUUAAUUCGAGUCAUGUAUGCUGCGGGUCAUCAUAAAGGCAAAAAAUAUAUCUUUGAUGAAUUGCAUCCCUUUCAAGGAGAUAAGUUCCACCUUUUAACACAAUUUCCGGUAGAGAAAUGUGUAUUCAAGUAAUUUUUUAGAUCAAUGUAUUUAUUCAAUAGUUGUCUAUUGCCCUCUGCCAGCCCGGUUUGAGCUCCAAGCUAUUACUGCAUGCAGGCAGAAAUAGUACCACGUUUUAUAGGAUCUCGUCAGCUGUCAAUACUUCGAGUAAAAAAAACUAACGUUUUUGUCGAAAAUAUUUUCGUUUUGUUUAAUUUUUGUACUUUUUCGUUUCUUGUAUUCAUGCUAAUUUCAAGCCAUACAUUGAUGUAUAGUUAGAAAUCUUAGUUUACUCCAGGACUAAACUAAGAUUUCGUUGAUGAACUUAGAUUUGAGCGUGAAGGAGCACCCAACUCUUGGUAAAAUUUUUUUAUUUAUCCCGUCAUCUACGACACAAUUCGUAAAUGACGCCAUAUUAUUUUAUGUCACAAUAAACAAGUGACAAGUUCCAGCACGCCAAGUUCGACCUGCUGACAAUGGAACUUAAUUAUUUAGGAAAUAUAAUAAAAGGAAAUGUAUGGUUCUCAUAUAUA